AUGAGGGUGAUUAUGAAUGUUGUGCAGCAAACAUUUGCAAAAUUGAGUAUAGAAGAGCCCAGGAAAGGAGUAGAAGGAAAGGUUUACUCUGUCAGUGGGCCUGUGGUUGUUGGAUGUGAUAUGAUUGGAUGUGCAAUGUAUGAGCUUGUGAAGGUUGGAAGCGAAGGAUUGGCAGGAGAAAUCAUCAAGAUUGAUAAGGACCGAGCCACGAUCCAGGUAUAUGAAGACACUAACGGGUUGUGUGUCGGAGAUGUGAUAGUGAGGACAGGAAGGCCAUUGUGUGCAGAGCUUGGGCCUGGGCUUUUUGAAAGUAUCUAUGAUGGAAUCCAAAGACCUCUGAAAGAGAUCCGGGAAGGCACUGGAGGGAUUUUCAUUCCAAAAGGGGUGAACAUUCCUGCAUUGAAUAGAGAAAGGGAAUAUGAGUUUGUACCUAAAGUCAGGAUUGGGGAUUAUGUUGUCGGAGGAGAUAUCUUUGGAAGUGUUUAUGAAAAUAGUCUUAUUGAAACAAAGAUCCUUGUUCCUCCAAAGGAAAGUGGAAAGGUUGUUUUCAUAGCACGUCAGGGAAACUAUACUCUCAAGGAUGUUGUGAUGGAGCUUGAGACUAGCAAGGGAAAGAUGGAGAUGUUUAUGUACCACACAUGGCCUGUGAGGGUUCCUCGGCCUAUUGAAGAGAAGAAGAAUGCUACCCAUCCGUUGUUUACUGGGCAAAGGAUUCUUGACUCUCUAUUUCCCUGUGUGCAGGGGGGAACCACUGCCAUUCCAGGGGCAUUUGGAUGUGGGAAGACGGUUAUUUCUCAAUCAUUAUCGAAGUAUUCAAACUCUGAUGCAAUUGUGUAUGUUGGGUGUGGAGAGCGAGGAAAUGAAAUGAGUGAAGUUCUGAUGGAGUUUCCAAAGCUGACUGUUGGAGGAAAGGAUGAUAGCAUCAUGAAGAGGACUGUAUUGGUUGCAAACACAUCCAACAUGCCUGUUGCAGCAAGGGAAGCAUCUAUAUACACGGGGAUAACGAUUUCUGAAUAUCUUCGAGAUCAAGGGAUGAAUGUCUCGAUGAUGGCAGACUCGACAUCCAGAUGGGCUGAAGCGUUGAGGGAGAUAAGUGGAAGGCUUGCAGAGAUGCCUGCAGACAGCGGAUACCCUGCAUACCUUGGGGCAAAGCUUGCAUUUUUCUAUGAAAGGGCAGGGUCUGUUGUAUGUCUAGGAUCUCCAAAGAGAACAGGGUCUGUAACUAUAGUUGGAGCAGUCUCUCCCCCAGGUGGAGACUUUUCUGACCCUGUGACAUCAUCUACGCUUGGGAUUGUACAAGUGUUCUGGGGACUUGACAAGAAGCUUGCCCAAAGAAAACAUUUCCCAUCUAUAAACUGGAACCUAAGUUACUCAAAGUACUUCACAAAUCUGGAACCGUACUAUGAAGGAGAGGAUCCAGACUUUACUGUGAACAGAACAAAAUGCAGGGAGAUUCUCCAGUUGGAUGAUGAUCUUUCGGAGAUUGUCCAGCUAGUAGGAAAGAAUGCACUUUCUGAAACUGAGAAGCUUAUUCUAGAUAUAUCCAAGCUUAUCAAAGAGGAUUUUUUGCAACAGAAUGGAUAUUCGAAGUAUGACAACUACUGUCCGUUUACAAAGACCAGGAUGAUGCUUCGGAACAUCAUUCUGUACUUUGAUAACUGCAAGAAUGCCAUAACGAACUACAAGCUUAGCUGGUCUACUGUCAGGAAGGAGACUGAGGAUGUGUUCUAUGGCCUGAUGAAGAUGAAGUUUGUGAUGUCUAACGGGGAGAUGGAAUCCAAGCUGAACAGACUGAAGAAGGAGAUAGACGAGGUGUUUUUGAAGUUACUGGGAUGA